UUCCCCGCCGCGCGCGCGCGUCUCAGUGAAAGGACAAGUACACCUGCCCGUGCACAGCCGCACAACCAACCGUUAUCGCCCUAAAUGACCAACUAAUGGACGAACGAAGAGGUAGUCCAUGCAUGAUUGUGCUAACAGUGUGAACUAGCUGGUGGAGUGCAGUGUAGUGUUGAUGUCCAAAUGGAGGAGGUCCGAAUUUCGGAUUGGCCCGAGCCACCGGGCUCCCAUGCAUGGCUCCCUGCUUAUGGUUUCCAGCAUGACUUAAUGGAUAAGGAUGACUAUUUUGGCACCAACGGUGACAAUGGCAGCACUCACGCUUUAUACCUCGAAACCAUAGUCGAGGAAACGAGUGAUGAUUUGCGCUCUGAACGUUCCUCUGCCGCAACAUGGCUCUCAGAUUCAGAUGCAGAUUCUGUCAUUCAUGUGCGAGGGACUCAAGCAGGGUCGGAGUGCGACAGCGAGUCGGAGCGCGAGUGGGCGUGCCCGGCGAAGCGCAGGCGGCGCGAGCGCGCCACCUCGCCCGCCAGCUCGGGCUCGCUAUCGCGUUCCUCCAGCCUCGCGCAGUUCGAAUCCCUGGAGAGAUCGUGUGCAGCACCCGCCUCACCGAGCCUCUCGCCCGACUCCCUGGAGUCACCUCCGCCUUCCCCACCGCCAACACGUGUUCCAGCACCACGCACCCAUCUGUCUGCCGAGAACCUCAGCGAAGACAGCGGCUACAGUGAACGGUCGCGGCGGCCGCCCCCGCCUGCAGUGUGCCGCCCGCCCGAAAUAGCGCACCGCUCGGCCGCCGGCAGCGCGCCCUGCCUCGUCGCAUCGCCCAGUGCUGAGCGCCGCCCGCCCCGCGCCGCGCGCGCUCUCUCGCUCCCCGCCGAGCUCGACGUGUGCGCCGAACCGCGACGUCACGCUGCGCAUCGAGCGCGCUUCAGACAAACCUUUGAAGUAUCUGACAGUCUGACCGUCAGCGUGGCAGACCUCACCGCCCUCGACUACAGGGGCGGCCCCCGUCGCCCGCGACUGCCGCCCCCACCGCCACCUCCUCGGAUGAACCGAAAUGUACCACCUCAACCACCUCCAGUCGAAAAGGUUGUUCGACAACCUACCGAAUCCCCGGCGCGGGAACCCAGCGCCAGUAGUGAUUCUACCACCGAAUCAGAGCGAGCUUUCGCAAGAGAAAUGGAGGCGACCGCGCGCCGGCUGGACGAGACAGCGCGGCGAGCGCUCGCUGAAAGCGAAAACUACGACCGCGAGCUAUCAGUGAUGACAGCGAGACGACUACACGACUCGUGGGGCGCCUGGGAUGACGUGUUAGAUGAACUUCGGCGGCGCAUAGACGGGCCGUCACCCUCCCCCUCCCCACCACGAACGCCAUCCCCAGACCCUAUCAGAGAACCAGCGUUCACUUCAACGCCACUAAGAUCCUGUGAUGCUAGAGUAAGAUCAACCCCUGAGCUGCGCUCGCGAGCAACCCCACAACGAGAAACGCCAGAGGAACUUCGUGCGUCACUACAAUUAGUAGCGCCACCCCCUCCAGACGCAGCGCCGCCCGUGCGCUCUGUAUCUGCUGGAUCCAAAGGAGUGACGUUCUCGCCAGUAGUGGCAGAAGUAAGCUGGCGCGAAACAAGUACAAGCACCACUGAGAGCGAAACAACCGCGAGCGACGACGCGGACGACGCCGAGGUGGUAGUAGUGGAGGGGGAAGGCGAGGAGUCGCGCGCGCCGACCGCAGAGCGCGCUGCCGCCAUGACGGAAGCGGGCGCGCGCGCGCCGCGCAGCCGCAUCGCCGGCUUCCUUUCGCGAUUCGCGAACUUUAGAUUCUCGGGGCGCAAAGAGAAAAAGACACGGGGCGCAGGCGCGAAUAUACGACCCUCUACGAACGGUCCGGCAACAGCGGCAGAUGCGGGGCAGGGACCGCGCGGGCCGGCCGCCGGGCCGCAGUAUGUGCGUAUCCCGCUGAAGGAGGAGGGUGUGUCGCGGGCGGCGGCACCCCCGGUGGCGGGCGGCGUGGCGCACAAGCCACCACGGCCGCGCCCGCCGCCCGCGCCGCCGGCCGGCGUGCUGGAGACCGAUGUGGACACUCAGCGUACCGUGCUGCAUGCACGCUCGCUGCUCGCGCUCGCGCCUCCUGACCAGCGCACUCCUCGCCCUCACAAGUCCAUGGAGUUCCUGCUCGACAAGGACAACGUGCAAACUGUACAGCCUCCAGAGAACGAACUGCAGAAGAAUUCAGACCGCGUGCUUUCUGAGCACGAAUUGCGAGUCCAGAGAUCGUUGCAGAAGCUCAAUGUGCCGGAAUGGUACAAAAACGCACCAGCGCCCCGAGAGGGCUUCCUUCUCCGCAAACGCCUGUCUGACGCGUCCGCUUCGGCGGCGCGCUGGAGCGGACUCAACUCGAAGACUACAUCGCUGGGCAGCCUUGGAGGGAACCAGCAACCACCCCCACCCCAGCUGUCACCACACACCACCAGCUUCGGCCGAUGGUCUACUAGCCGGCUUAAUUCUAACCAAACAUCCCCGUGCUCGUCAACACGAAGCAGCAUUAGGGGCACAAGUCCUUUGUGCUCGCCCUCAGCGCGCUCUUCGUUCAGCGCUCGACAGCCCUACCUCGGCUGGAGAAGUCAGGAGCGGCUCAACAGCACACCGCGGACACCACAUGAGAGGCUAGCAUCUUCGUUACUUCAAUCAACACCUAAAUCAGAGGCAUCUGAAGCGUCGAAAGCAUCAGAAGAGAUCCAGACUUCAAUCAAAGAAGUGACGUCAGCGAUAGUACACUACGUGUCAGGAUUAGAACCAGCCAAUGGUGACAUCGACAGGCAGCCUUCACCGAGGUCCAGUCAGAAGUUAUAUUGGCUUGAGAGCUCCUUUGUUGGCACGAAACCGCUGGAAUCGCCGCAGACGCCGCUGGUGGUGUCGGAGACCGUGACGCAGCCGCGGCCGCCGUCAUCACUGCGCCUCGACUACCGUGCCGCGCCGGACUGGCAAGAUUCCCAACGUUCCCUGAACUUAGGUAUCACACGACCGUCUCCUGGCUCCACUACUCUUGAAGACGUGUUGGACUCACUCUUGGGGUUGCCGUCACAGCCAGCGAGGAUACCAACGCCUCAACCCAGCCCUAGGAAGGCUUCAAGUCCCUAUUAUUUAAUGGGUGGCAAGAGUCCUCGGUACGAACAACUGGCCAGUAGCGGGCAUAGCAGCGCCUCCCCCGCUUCGCGGUUCCUGGGCACACCCAGCGAAGGGCACAGCUCUAUCACGGACAGCCCCGAACACGACCGACCAGGCAAGGAUACAGUUGAUAAUCUUGGCGCCAUGCAAGAAACGAGAAGGCCGCGUUCGGUGCAAGGUGAGCACUCUCGACGGAGAAGUGAGCCCUUUGCCCAAACAAGUGUGUCUCUCGACCGGCGUACCAGCCUCGAUUCCGCAGCCUUACGAACUACCGAUGCUCACUUAACUCACCAUGAUUCCAGAGCUUCCCUGGUUUCUUUGCAGACUGAAAAUAGUACUGACGAAGCCUUCGUCAAGUGUAAAUAUCCAAAAUGUCCUUCUCGAGCCCCAUACCCCGACGCCAAACGACAUUACAAGACUUGUCAUAAUUGCACCACGAUGUAUUGCUCAAAGGAAUGCCGCAGGGCACAUUGGGAAAAACAUAGGAAAGUUUGUUUACACACUCGUGCAAGCACUCUAUGCAGACAAAUUAUAUCAGCGGCCAAAGAAGAUGCCGACGCUUUGCAUCAAAUUAGCACCAUAGCUCACAAAGGCUAUCUAGCACUAGGAAGAGGUGUUGUUAAAGUAUUCUUUACAAGUCCAGAAGCAGCGGAAAAGUUCACCACGCACGGCUUCCAGUAUUUAAGUGAACCGGAAUUUAUGAAAUGGACGUCUCUUCAGCCGAAUGAAAUGGGUGUAGAAUUGUACACUGAAGUAGUCAAACUUUGUAAAGCUUACAAUCCUGAGACGAGAGUAAUUUUAUAUGUGGCUGUGUGUAUUAUCAGUGAAGUGCCGACAAAAGGUGCUGUCAAAUGGGAAAGGCAGAUGGUGUCGAGAUGUGCCAAACUACGUCUCAGUAAAUCGGUUACCGCCGCUAUACAAGAACAGAAUAGAAGGCGACAUAGAAGAGACAGUAAGUCCACGCCAGAAGACAGAGAAACCCUAAUACUGACUUCUAAAUUAAGUAACGCGGGUGAGAAAAACGCUGCAACAGCGCACAAGUUUAGACAAAUAUGUUUCCAAAACAUAUCGAAAGAGCUCGAAAGUAGAGGAGUGAAUUUGAAAAAGCAUUUCCCCGAAGUCUACUCAAGAUUAGGAGCGUAUGUGGACGGUACGAGUGAUAGGUUUAUACCGAUGACCAUUUACCCGAAAGAUGUGACAAGUGGGAAGUCAUUCAUGUGUGUGAUCAUGCCGGAUAGUGAAGUAGAGAGCGUAACACCUGUAGAUGGUAAAGUAACAACAGUAGACGUAGGUGUAGACCGGUCACGACACCAGCUGUCUACUCCCAUGUGAGAGUGUUAUAUAAAACGUAGGUCGUUACAGUAUGCCGCUAUGAAAGGCAGGUAACCUAAUAUCUACGGAUAAUGGUAGCAAUGAAAAAGACAUUAUGGUUAUUGGUGAUGAUGUAUUCCCCAGUACCAGUUCUUCUAAAAUAUUAUUUAAAUUUUAAUCUCCGAAUAUGAAUCUCGUGUGUGAAAUGAAAGUAAUGUUAAUGUGCCCUUAAAAUUGUAUUAUGAUUAUUAUUUUAGAUAAAUCUAUGAUGCUACAUGCUAAUUAUAAAUAACGCGUUUUAAAACUGCGCAUGGAUUUUUCAAUAAGUAUAAAUGAAUAUCUAAUUAAUUGUGGCGAGAUGUUAAAUUCAAGUCAAAAGAAAAUAUAAUGGUAUUUAAGACGCGUGUAAAAUAAAGUUUCUUCUAACUUUGUACAAAAGGUUAAGAUUUAAAUGAGUAUGUAUUUGCUGGCUUUUAGAAAUGAUAUUGGAAAAUUUUGUAGGAAUAACGACGAACUUUUUGAACAAAGUUAGUUAAAACUAUAUUUAUAUGGCAUGUUCCGAGCAGUGCUUAUUCAUUAUACAUACUACAUAUUACCUUAUUCCAUAUUUACCUCUUGUUCCUUUCCCGUUACUAAAUGUGCACUUAUGUUAGAUAUAUAUUAAUUUAAGAAAAAUAUAAGACGUUGUGACGUGUGUUAUAAAAGUACAUUUUUAUUCUAAGGAUUUAGAGAUUGUUUCUACAAUUUUGACAAUAGUUUAAAGUAUAAAAUUAUAUUUAUUGCAAAAGCCUUUAUUGGCACAGAGGGGUGUAUUUAAGAUUUUUUUAAAAGAGACGGAGUAUGCUUUUUAUUAUUCAUUAUAAAGUGAGUUUUAUACAAAACGUAAGCUUAUAAUGCAUGCGAGCGACUAGUGAGAAUUAAUACAAAUAAAACAAUUUUAGUGUUUUGUCUUUAGAUAGAUGAUUCAAUAAAGAUUUUUUUAAUGAAAAAUUUACAAGUUUAGGUAUUUUUAGCAAAAUAUUUUUGUUGUGUACGAGUCUGAUUGUUUUAAAUAACAAAAUGGCUCUCACUUGUAUAGUGAUGUGGCGUAUUGGAAGAGAUUAUUGCAGAUUACACAAAACAUAUUCAAAUACGUUCAUUCAUUAAUCUCUACAAUGAUAUCUUCUAAGAAUAGAAGUAUCAAAGUCGUCACAUCACAAUUUAAAGUUUUAGGUACUCAUCGGCUGGAGCGAGAGCGGACAGUAAGGAUAUGCAAGUGUCAAAUAUUGCUAACCUUUUACAUUCCAUUUAACCAAUUAAAAAGGCACAAAAAUAUAAAUAAUAACGUAAUUUAAAAACAAAUAUGGUGCCAAUAUAAAACGAAAAAUCAUUCUUGAACAGUAAAAAUAUAACUUUUAAGUGUUACCUUUCAAUAUUCUUCCAAAAAUACGAUAUGAAACUGAAAGAAGUGAGUUUUUCUGACAAAGUAUGUAGGACCUGGGAGAAAUUCAGUUUAUUUUGAUAAAGGAAAAUACACCUAAUCACAUAACGCAAUACGU